GUGUGUGCGCGCGCGCGCGCGGGGCCAUCUCUCUGAUUUCACCCUCUCCAAAACAUCAUCCGCAGUGUGAGUCGGUUAUCAUCUAUUCGUCUAUCUCUCCAAAUGGCCGAUCCCGGAGCUCAGAGAAGGGUCCUCUUACUAUGCGGCGACUACGUUGAAGACUACGAGGUGAUGGUUCCGUUUCAAGCACUGCUAGCAUACGGAGUGUCGGUUGACGCGGUCUGUCCCGGGAAGAAGGCUGGUGAUGUAUGCCGGACCGCUAUUCAUCAGGUUUCCGGCCACCAGACCUAUUCUGAGUCAAGAGGUCACAACUUCACUCUUAAUGCAACAUUUGAUGCGAUUGAAGUGAGCAAAUAUGAUGGCUUGGUUAUUCCAGGAGGAAGGGCUCCAGAAUAUCUUGCCAUGAAUGAGCUUGUUCUAGACAUCGUGAAGAAAUUUUCCAACUCCAGAAAGCCAAUUGCCUCUAUAUGCCACGGGCAAUUAAUCUUGGCAGCUGCAGGGUCGGUUAAAGGUCGGAAGUGCACAGCAUAUCCUCCUGUAGGACCGGUCCUGAUUGCUGCUGGUGCUCACUGGGUGGAACCUGAUACCUUGGCGGCAUGCGUUGUUGAUGGUAAUAUCAUAACUGGAGCUACAUAUUAUGGGCACGCAGAAUUCAUCCAGCUCUUUGUAAAGGCACUUGGAGGCACCAUAACUGGUUCUGAUAAACAGAUUCUAUUCCUCUGUGGGGACUACAUGGAAGACUAUGAGGUCAUGGUUCCUUUUCAGUCUCUGCAAGCUCUUGGAUGCCAUGUUGAUGCUGUGUGCCCCAAGAAGGCAGCAGGUGAUAAGUGCCCAACAGCAGUCCAUGACUUUGAAGGUGACCAAACUUACAGUGAAAAACCAGGCCAUGAUUUCACACUAACAGCGAAUUUUGAAGGCUUAGACACUUCAAGCUAUGAUGCACUUGUGAUCCCUGGAGGCCGGGCUCCAGAAUACCUGGCACUGGAUGAGUCGGUAAUUAAAUUAGUGAAGCAUUUCAUGGAGUCCAGAAAACCAGUAGCGUCAAUCUGCCAUGGACAGCAGAUCUUGUCAGCUGCUGGUGUUCUCAAGGGUAAGAAAUGCACUGCAUACCCGGCUGUGAAGCUCAACGUAGUCUUGUCAGGGGCAACAUGGCUAGAACCCGAUCCAAUAGAUCGCUGCUUUACCGAUGGGAAUCUAGUGACCGGAGCUGCUUGGCCUGGUCACCCUGAGUUCGUUUCUCAGCUAAUGGCGUUGCUUGGUAUUCGGGUAUCAUUCUAGCUGUUCGAUGUGUUCUUUUGCUUGUGUCUGUGUGUAUCUGCUGAACAGAAAAGAAUAACAUACUGUAUUAUAUGGCUUUCUGAGUUGUUGGUACGAGACUGUUGUAAAAUAGCUUCGUGUGUUCUAAUGACCCAUGGCAUCAGAUAUCA